GGCGGGGCGAUGUAAUAGUGGACUUCGCUUGUCUGUGUGAAUGGAUCUGUCUUCUUGAAGUUCAAAUAUUCUAUUUUCCUCUGCAGUYUGUCUUGUUGGCCUGCAAGAGCAACUUUCUUUCCUACACCAUUUGAAGUGGAUUUUUGACCCUAACGCCAGAACGUCGUGUAGAAUGGAGCUGAUUUUGGUAGUAGUCAGCCUSUUGACGUUCGUUUAUGUUAAAAGCUUUAAUAUUGAUAUAACCAAGCCUGUUAUUUUCGAUCAUCCCAAGUCUACCAAAGGCAGUUAUUUUGGAUUUUCCGUGUCCCUACAYUCGAACAACAAGAAGUGGCURUUGGUUGGUGCUCCUCUAGAUGAUGUACCAUCUAAAAGUGAUAGCAACCAAAUACUUCAAAAAUAUGGUGCCAUAUACAAAUGUGAUCCAACUAAUUCACAGUGCUCUUAUAUACCCAUAGAUAAUACACCUGUUCAAAAGAGAAAAUAUAAAUACCAGGGCACCAUUAAACAAUUAGAAUGGGAGAAAAAGAAAACUCAGUGGCUCGGCCAAGAUGUUCACAGUUCAGGAAAAAAUGGAAAAGUUGUGACUUGCGCACCAAGAUAYACAGAAACUCCACCAGACAGAGAUGGUACACUGCAAUACCAGUGGAUUCUUGGACGUUGUUUUGAAGUUCUUAAUGAUCUCAGUGAUAGCAAAGUCAUUAUAAGCCCAUGCCAAAACAAGCGUUAUGGCAAUAAUUACUUUGGGUACUGUCAAGCUGGUUUUAGUGCAAGAUUGACAGCAGAUGGUGAAUAUAUAGUGAUGGGUGCUCUUGGUGUCAGUAAUUGGAAAGGUGGUGUUAUAGCAUAUUCACCUGUUUAUCAAGGAGAGGAAGCCUUUUCAACUCAAGAUCAAAUAGAGAAAGGUUACUACAUGGGUGAGUGUUUUUGUGCUGCUGAAGUUAUUUAUCAUCAUUUGAAUUGCUACAAAAUUAUGAAUGGCAAUUUGCCCAAUUUCAUACUGUGGGAGACUGGGUACAAGACCCUUAAUUCGCACGAUGGUUAG